AUGGGACACUGUCCUGGUCGAGGAGAUGAAAUACUUGUUGGUGACUCAGCUCACAUCAUAUUAUGGGAGCAAGGUGGAGUUGCACAAUUGGCUGGUGUACACUCACGGCAGGUGCACACUAAUAUCGAUGGCACAUUAGACUUGAUGGAUGUAGAGGAAAAAGUGCGUUCGCAAGGAGAUGCACAUCAGCCAUUCAGCCGUUUGAUUUGUGUUGAACAGACACAUAAUGCAAGUGGAGGCAGGGUGUUCCCAGUGGAAUAUUUACGAAAGGUAAAAGAGGUUGCUGCAAAACAUGACCUUAAGGUUCAUAUGGAUGGAGCAAGACUCUUCAAUGCUGCCACAACCCUUGGUGUUCCUGUUGCACAGGUCACCAAGCAUGUUGAUUCUGUCUCAUUUUGACUUUCAAAGGGGCUGGGUGCUCCUGUUGGCUCAGUAAUAACUGGAGAUAAAGAUUUCAUUUCAAGGUGCUUGUGUCACAGGAAAGUUCUUGGGGGUGGAAUGCGACAAGCUGGUGUUUUGGCAGCCGCGGGGAUUUAUGCAUUGGAUAACAUAGCACCAAAACUGAAUAUAGACCAUGCUAAUGCACAGAUUUUAGCGAAAGGAAUUCGUGACAUGAAAGAUCUUGGACUGGAUGUAGAUCUUAAUAGCGUGGAAACCAACAUGGUGUACUUCAGUGUCAACCAUCCCACGAUCUCACACAAAGAACUUUCCAGACGCAUGUUCAGGGUAACUGAUAAUGAGCCAAUCAAAACAAGAAAAGCAGUUCUAAUUUUAACUGCUCGGAAACGAUCAUUACGAGCAGUACUUCAUCACCAAGUGUCUGAAGAUGAUGUGCAUAGGACUUUGCAAAAACUGAAGUACAUUCUAACCUCGUGAUGCGUAGUGCUAAGGGCCAAACGUAUUCAAAUCCAAACUAAAAACAACUGAGAGAAACUUAAUACAUCUUAUUUAAGAGAAAUUUGUUGGUGUGUGUCAUUUACUUCAUAGAACCCAACCUUUGGAGAUUUAAGUUGGAAGUCGUUCAGUGGCAAAACGGAAAUGAACCAAAAAGUAUGAUGAACUUGCGGAUUGGUGGUUUGGCUUUUACUCUUCACGUUCUUCAAGUUUUUACUACCGGUGUGUCGAGGCUGUUUCCCGAAUUCCUUGAUGUGGACACAAGGGGAAAGCGAGAGAAAGCAGGAGUUUUAAACGUUGGAAACAAUACAUCAGCAUCACAUAUGGUAUCUUUUGAGAAUUCCGCUUAAUCUUUAUUAUU